AUGUCCGCCCCAGACAGCCCGAUGCCCGAACGAGUGAGCCCAGAGGCACUUCCCUACGUCCAGGAUGAAGACUUCUGGUAUCCAGAUGGCACAAUCAUCCUAGUGGCUCGCACAGAAGUGGCGUUUCGCGUGCACAGAGGAGUACUCGCGGAUCAUUCCGCUGUGUUUCGCGACCUCUUCGCGGUGCCCCAGCCUCCAGAAGAAGAAUGUCACGCAGGAUGUCCGAUGGUGAAUCUUUCCGACGCACCGAACCAGAUGAGAAGUCUGUUGAGAGCUCUCUAUCACCCACGCAGAUACUACAUGCCCGACCAACGUGUAUCGUUUGCCAUGGUCGCAGCACUCAUUCACCUCGGCCACAAGUACGCCAUAGACGAUCUCGCCACAUCUGCCCUAUCACGCCUUAGGACUUGUUUCUCCACUUCCUUCGACACGUACUACUCAGCUAUCACUGCCGGCGGCAGCCAAGCGAUGUCCUGCACAUCGGAAGACGCAAUCGCUGCGGUGAAUCUCGCGCGCCUCAUAGGCGAAGAUGCGACCACCAUCCUGCCGAGUGCGCUGUACACAUGCUGCCAACUCGGCGCUGACGUGCUCACCCGCGGAAUCCUCGACGACGGCGGAGACGUGCAGAAACUCGGCGACGCAGACCUGGAACGGUGCAUCGACGCCCGGGCGCGACUUGCUGCGCUCGCGAUGUCGUCCGCUGUCCGGAGGUGCCAACUGAACUCAGACGACCAGGAGACUCCGAAGGAAGGUCGUUCACGUUGCACGCAGGCGUUCUGCACGCCCUAUCUCGCUUCGGCCGCAUCUCGAGUGCUUUGCGGGUCAUUGGGCCUCCCGAAGUUGUCCGGAGCCUUGGACUCCAUCGAUUGGUUCGUCGCCGACUCCGUGAGGGGUGGGCUGUUGUGUCACGUCUGUGCCGCCAAAGUCAAGGACAAGGACAAGCAGGAACGACUCCGAAUAUGGAAGAUGCUGCCGGCGGUCCUCGGCUUCAAGUUGGAAGGAUGGAACGAGACGGGUCAGCAUAAAUCGUAG